UUCUAUUUUGAAAUUUUUUGGUAAAAACAGAUCAAAGUAGUAAUUCAAUAUAUGCAACCAGUUACACAUAUUUACAUAACCUAUAAAAAUAAGCGUCAAGAUUAAAAACAUUGGCAAAUACGUACGCGUACAUAUAUCUGCUUUAAUAGUGAAAUACGAUGAGCAACAAACCUAUAGUGUUAUUCGAAGGUUACUCCUUCGAUGAAAACAACAGUUACUACGCAAGAGGUUCUUGUACCUUAAUUAAGGGUCCUCAAAACAUAAUAGUGGACACAUUAAAUUCCUGGGAUGGUGACGAAUUAACGGAUCAUUUAGCCAGACACGAUUUGAACCCCAUGGAUAUAAACUUCGUGGUUUGCACACACGGUCAUUCCGACCACAUUGGUUGCAACUACUUGUUUAAAAACGCUUUGCACAUUGUUGGAUUUGAUGUGUCGCACACUGAUCAAUACUACGAUCACGAUUUCAAAAACGGCGAAGAAUACGUGAUAAACCAAGAUGUUAAAGUAAUUCCAACUCCUGGACACACAAGUCAAGAUGUGACUGUGCUGGUUUACACUCCAGAUGGAAUGUAUGCAAUUACCGGCGAUUUGUUCGAGUGUGAAGCUGAUCUGGAGGAUGAUCAGAUUUGGAAGGAGAAUAGCAUGCAUCCUGAGUUACAUGAGAAGAACAGAAAAAAGAUUUUAGAUUUGGCUGAUUUCAUUAUUCCUGGACAUGGACCAAUGUUCAAAGUGCCUAAGGUUUAAACAUAUUUAAUUAUUGUUAAUAUGUCAAAAAUACGCUUGUUAUUCAUGCCUUAAUGUUAUCCAUUUUUAAAUGUUGGAUUUUUAAAACAAUCUCUUUAUGGCAAGUAAUCAUUUAUUUUUAGUUAUUUGAUAAUUUCAAUUGUAAAGAGCUUCUUUGGAGUGACAUUGUUCCGAAAUGUUUUAUUUCCAUACUUGUUCAAACAGUAUAAUCUAUAUUUAUUUAUGAGGAUUUCAUGAAUAUGAUUGGUCUGAUAAGUAUAAAGGUCGACGUGACAAUGCAUCAAUUAUAUUAAGCCUUUUCAAAUUGAGUCAUUGGUGUGUUCAGAAAUUUUGACUAUGAAUAUGAUGGUUAGGUUAAGAUUACAUAAAAUAAUCUUUAAAUUCAAUUAAUCAAUAGGACGUUGUAUCAUGUAUACUUAAUAAGGGAAACAAUUGAAUCACAAAUACCAGGAUGAUUAUGAAUUGUUAGUUAAGCUUCAUAUUACUUGUGGCAGCUGAAAGAAACUAUUUCCAUAUUUAAGAUGACAAUUAUUUGAGUAGGGUAAAUUGUCUCCAAAUGUUAAUUAUAUAAAUUUACAUAAAUGAAUAUAUUUAAUGUUUGCUUAUACGCAAAAACUACUCAUAAUGUUAAAAAUGGCUAUGAAAAUAUGUAAAUUAUGAAGUUCAAGUUUUGGUAUAAAAUAAUUUCUACUGAUACUGUGAUAAUAACUACUAAUAUAAUUUCUAUUUCCUGUUAUAAGUUAAAUUCAGGUUUAAUUAAUUUAUUGUGAGUUAUUAAAAUUGUACAUUGGUUAAUACAAUAAACUUGCAGAUGUUUUAAAAAAACAACAAUAUAUCUAUAUUAAAAUGUUUAUUAAAAAUAAUAAUUAAUAAAAUAAUUAAAACUUAA